CAGCCGAUCCAGUGCAGUAUUCCAGUUUCCAAACGCACAGGAACGCCGCUUUCUCCAUCGCGCUGCCCCAUCCAGACAUUUACGCCGGUGGGAACACGCUGCCAAAAAAACAAGCCCUCAAACAUGUCUGUGGGAAAUGACUUUGGAAACCCUUUAAGGAAAUUCAAACUCGUCUUUCUUGGGGAGCAAAGCGUGGGGAAGACUUCCCUGAUCACACGCUUCAUGUACGACAGCUUUGACAACACAUAUCAGGCAACAAUUGGAAUCGACUUCCUGUCAAAAACCAUGUAUUUGGAGGACAGAACGUUGGGGAUCUCUGACUUGCAGGUUCGGUUGCAGUUGUGGGACACUGCAGGCCAGGAACGUUUUAGGAGUCUUAUCCCGAGCUAUAUAAGAGACUCCACUGUAGCUGUGGUGGUGUAUGACAUCACAAAUGUGAAUUCAUUCCAACAAACUACCAAAUGGAUCGAUGAUGUGAGAACGGAGAGAGGAAGUGAUGUAAUUAUAAUGCUGGUGGGAAAUAAAACAGAUCUGGCAGAUAAGAGGCAAAUCACGAUUGAGGAAGGCGAGCAGCGGGCCAAAGAGUUGAGUGUGAUGUUUAUCGAGACCAGUGCCAAAACGGGCUACAACGUCAAACAGCUGUUUCGACGUGUGGCAGCUGCCCUUCCAGGAAUGGAGAGCAUGCAGGAGACAAGCAAAGAAGGCAUGAUCGACAUUAAAAUGGACAGACCACAGGAACCUCCAACUACUGAGGGCGGCUGUUCCUGUUAAUAGCUCACAUCUUAUUUACAGCAUCAUCUACACCACAUGCUUGUUGUGUUGCUUCCUCUUGGUUAGCUUCCAGUUGUGUUUUCAGAUUGGAUAUUUGGCCUUCCCAUCUGACUUUUACUCACUGGUUGAAAUCAGUGUUAUAUUAGUUUCAAUUGUAAAAUAGUAUACUUUAGUAACAAAAUUGCCAAAAAUCCUAAAAAUUCGAAAAGUAAAGGGCAAAAAUCAACAAAAAUGUCGACUAUGUCUAACAUGUAUACUUUUUGAAAAUGUAGAGACGUAGGUUUUUUUCUUUGUUUUGUAUUUUUGUAUACAAGGAUGAGCACUAAAUCAGAUGCAGACAACAAAUUCUAUAAUUUUGCCAUUAAAAGCUGGAUUAGGGCAAAGAGUUCAAAAGCAAGAGAGAAAUUCAAACAACAAAUAACCCAGAAAAUAUGGCAAACAUGCAUGUUAGCUAUUUUUAAAGUAUCGUCUCAAUCUUGCUGGCUACUGUCCACAAGAUUAUGUGAAUUCAUACUUUUUUUGUGACAACGCAAUUCAUCAAAUCAACUUGUUUUGAUUUUUUUUUUUUUUUUUUUCUGUGACGCAUAACUUGAAAUUUUAAGUUUCAGGGCAGGUUUUUGUCUGUGUUUUUGUGAUAAUUUGUCAUUGCAGAUCCCCUGAAAUCUUUCCACAUUCUGUGUGAUUUCCCCCACAAAAUCUUUAUGUACAGUUUAUGUUUUAAUUGCACAGUUUAUUGAAUGUUUACUGCAUUGUUUUCAAUAUAAUUUCCUGCUCUCAAUGAAAGCAAACAGCUUGCAAACAAACUGAUAACAAGGAAGGAUCCUUUCUCCUGAAGAAUGUUUCUCUUAGGACAUUCAUAGCGUAUUGCAGGUAGUCGGAAGAACGUGACAGAAGAGCAAAUCAUGCACAACUAAACUUGGUUUAUUCUAACACAGUCUCAUCCCAAAAAGUCAUAUAACUGACGUCUUGGGGCGUAUUUUGACCAUACGUCAAUAUCCGCCUUUUUAGGGCCCCCUUAAUCGUCGGUAGAUGGUGAUCACGGGCCGUCAUACAACUGACGCUUUACCUUUAACGUCAGUUAGGUGACGGGUUAGGUUUAGGGUUAGGUUUAGGUCU